AUGGAGUCGGCAGCAAAAGGCGGUCGUCGUAGUGUGGUGGUGAUUCUGGAUGCAUCUAGAGAUGAAAGCUUGAAAGCAAUUGAAAGGGUCUGGAAGGAGUUUUCUCUUGAAUCCGGAGAUGACCUUAUAAUUCUUGCAGUUCUUCACCAGGUUAAUAGUCCUAUGGGAUACAAGGUCACUGUGGAUUAUAAUUCGAUGUUUGGGACAAACGAGAAAGUCGUUGAGGAUGCGCUUGCGGUUAAGGAGAAAGAGUUCAUGGUCAAAAAGGAGAUUAUCAGUAUUUCAAAUGCAUGUCAAACAGAAAAGAUUAGUUUCCAAGUGAUGGUGCUUGCUGGAAAAAUCGAUGCUGUAGAAGAAGCGAAAGUAUCAGAAGCAACCUGGGUAAUUCUUGAUAAGGAGACGAAGAGAGACAAGAAAUUCUUCUUGGAACGCCUUUCAUGUGACAUAUCGAGAAUGAAAGAUGACAAGUCUCUUGAAUAUUUAAGGGGGCCAAAAGAAAAAGGAAACAGCAAACAACCAACUGAAGAUUUUGGAGGGCCAAAAGAGAGGGGAGACAGCAAUCCACCAACUGAAGGCAGUACUAGACUGCAGACUGACACUAGCACCAGAGGCCACAUAAAGUAUGAUGAAAUGAUACCAGGAAGCCCAAAAGGAAAGCAUUCUCAUCAUAGAAGUUCAUCAGGUUCUAAAGAGAAAUCAUCAAUAGAUAAAGAAAAUACUAGAAGUACGGAAGGAGAAAGAGCAGAAAGGAGCGAAAACGAUGGGGGGAGCCCAGAGGGGCAUGGACAGAAUCUCAACGACUAUGAUUGGAUCGGAGGAUAUGAAACUGAUGAGGAAUUUAUUUCAACUUGUACGAAAUGUGACAACAGACGGCCGAAGACUGGAUGGAAGAAAGAGUUCACUUAUAAAGAGCUCAAUGUGGCUACAAGCUGUUUUUCUGACAAGAACUUCCUAUCAGAAGGUGGAUUUGGUUCUGUCUACAAAGGAGUGUUGAAAAAUGGCCUAAACAUUGCUGUGAAGCAACACAAAAGUGCAAGCUUUCAGGGAGAGAAAGAAUUCGAAGCUGAGGUUCAUUUUCUCAGCAAAGCAAGACAUGAGAAUUUGGUCGUGCUGCUGGGAUCAUGUUCAGAAGGAGACAAUAGGCUUCUUGUUUAUGAAUUUGUAUGCAAUCGUUCAUUGGACCAACAUCUAUCAAAACACACACGUGAACCCCUAUCUUGGAAUGAAAGGAUGAAAAUUGCUACAGGAGCUGCAAAAGGAUUGCAAUACCUGCAUGCGAAAAAUAUUGUCCACAGAGAUAUCAGACCGAACAACAUCCUCCUAACACAUGAUCACCACACCCUGCUAGGAGACUUUGGUCUCGCAAGAACGCAAGAGGAAGAUCACUCGUCAGUAACAAGAGUUGUUGGAACUCUGGGAUAUCUAGCACCAGAGUAUGCGGAAAGUGGGAAAGUGUCAACCAAGACAGAUGUUUAUUCUUUUGGUGUCAUUCUAUUGCAGCUGAUAACAGGACGCGGCACUAAUGACAAGUCACUUGAAGGGAGAAGUCUUGUGGGAUGGGCUAGACCACUGCUAAAAGAAAGGAACUACCCAGAUUUAAUUGAUUCGAGAAUCACCGAUUCCCACGAUGUCCACCAACUCUUUUGGAUGAUUCGAGUAGCAGAAAAAUGUCUUACCAAGGAUCCCAAAAAGAGAUUAUCCAUGGAUGAGGUGGUAUAUGCUUUAAAUUACCUCAGAGAAUCAGAUACAAUCUGCAAUAUCAGGCUUUCACCCGCAAAUUCAGAUUCAUCACCAGGCAACGGUCGAGAUUCGCCUGACACAAAUGUUGAUGAUGAUGACAAUGAUCAUGCAAAGUAUGACUUAAAAACUCCCACAAUGUACAGCACCAGGUAUUAUGAUCAUAAUAUGAGUGGAACAAGUUCACAAUCUUAUUCAACUCGGUCAAUUUCUUCAUCAGAAAGUUCAAGCAUGUUCACAGCAUCUGUGGUGUCCAGUUUGGACAAUCGUGAUUAUCUCCAGUAG